AUGACGCGAAAGAGACAGGAUUACAAGGAGCGCGAUGUGAAAGCUAUGCGUGAAGACCCAUUCGUCAAUGAUGAAGAGGAGGAAGUCGAGGAAGAUGAAGGUCCCCCAACCAUCGAUCCCUAUGAAGUGUUAGGACUUGAGCAAGAGGCCACUGCGGACGAUGUCAAAAAGGCAUAUCGCAAGCUCGCUCUGAAAAAUCACCCAGACAAGGCCGCUGAAGGCGACAAGGAAACGGCGCACAAGACUUUCCAGGAGAUCGCAUUCGCAUAUGCUGUUCUGUCAGACGAUCGCCGGAGAAGACGCUACGAUCUUACCGGUAGCACAGCCGAGACACUCGAGGAUGAUGGCGAUUUCGACUGGCUGAAAUUCUACCGAGAACAAUUCGAGAAUGUAGUUAACGAAGAAGCCAUCACUCGAGUCUCAAACGAGUACAAGAAUGGUGCAGAGGAGCGACGGGAUCUUAUCAAGGCCUACAAGAAGUGUAAGGGCAAUCUGGACUCGAUGUAUCAACUUGUCAUGCUGUCGGACAUCCUGGAAGACGACGAUAGGUUCAGACAAAUCCUUGACGAAGAGAUCGAGAAGGGUACUAUCGAAGCAUACCCGAUUUAUGCCAGUCAGACAGACGCGACGCGGCAAAAAGCCAAAGAUCGUGAGAUGAAGCGACGCGAGGACUUCCAGAAGCAUCAAGAAAAGAAGGAAGCAGAGGGUGAGAGCAAUGGCAAGGCAAAGGCAAAGAGAAAGAAGAGAGAUGGAGAUGACAUGGCAGGCUUAGCAGCUCUGAUUCAGCAACGACAGAAGGCCAGGACGGGCAACUUCUUUGAUCAGCUCGAAUCAAAGUAUGCACCAAAGUCACACAACUCAAAACGUUCGACGCCAAUGGAGGAGCCGCCAGAGGAAGCUUUUCAAGCUACGGCAGCGAGGAAGAGGCAGAAGCAGAGUGGUCGCUCGAAGAAGAAGGUUAUCGACGAGAGUGAGGAAGAUGAGAUGGACCUUGAGGAGGAGGAUAUUGGCGAUUCAGAAGACGAGGAAGAAGAUGAACCCCCGCGCAAGUCAAAAGCUAAGGCAAGAUCCGAGCGCAAGGCUAGAGGGCGAGGGUAA